AUGGGCUUGAUAACGUCGAGGGAUCAGACAAUGCUAGACGGACCGGUCGGGACGACCAAGAGUAACCAUGUACGGCAGCCGUCGACCAGGAAUCGCACCAAGCCUCCCAUGCCAGACAGGGAUGAAUUGGAGAACCGAUUCAUCAAAGUAUUGGCGUCCAUGGACCUUCCUCCGGAUAAAGCGAAGUUAUUGCGCAAUUAUGACCUCGAAAAGAAAUGGGAGAUUAUAUGCGAUCAAGAUAUGGUCCAAGCAAAGGACUCGCCAGCACAUUACCUCAACAAACUGCGCACCUACCUCGACCCGAAAGCGUCCAGAAGUCAUAGGAAAAGGAAAAUGGUCGGGGAUUCCACAUCGACACAAGUGCUUAGGGAUUUAGAAAUAUCUUUACGAACCAAUCACAUCGAAUGGGUAAGAGAAUUCCUAAACGACGAUAACCAAGGCCUCGACGUGCUGAUCGACUACCUGAGCUUCAGGCUGAGCAUGAUGCGGCACGAGCAAAGGAUAGCGCUCGCCAGGAGUCAGUCCACUGACGCUAUCAACCAGGCUAACACAACAACAUCAGACUGUAGCGCGCCAACAGAAGCGAACGGCACACUGAGUUCGACCUGGCGGCGCAGGGCGCGGUCGGCUGACUCCGACGGCGAGACGGUGGGCAGCCCGGCCGCGGCCCGGCGGCGCACGCGACACGCCGCCCGGCUCAACAUGGGCGCCUCCACAGACGAUAUACACGUGUGUAUCAUGUGUAUGCGGGCUAUUAUGAAUAAUAAGUAUGGUUUCAACAUGGUCAUACAACAUAGAGAAGCAAUCAACAGCAUAGCCCUGUCUCUAGUCCACCACUCCCUAAGGACUAAGGCGUUGGUUCUAGAACUUUUGGCUGCCAUCUGCUUAGUCAAGGGCGGCCAUCAAAUAAUAUUAUCCGCAUUUGAUAAUUUCAAAGAAGUGGUCGGAGAGCCCAGAAGGUUUCACACACUGAUGGAGUAUUUCAUGAAUUAUGACACCUUCCAUAUAGAGUUUAUGGUGGCGUGUAUGCAAUUUGUGAACAUAAUAGUCCAUUCAGUAGAGGAUAUGAACUUCAGGGUGCACCUCCAGUACGAGUUCACUGCGCUAAAGCUAGACGAUUACUUGGAGAGGCUAAGAAUGUGCGAGAGUGAGGAUUUGCAGGUUCAAAUCUCAGCGUACCUCGACAAUGUAUUCGAUGUGGCUGCCUUGAUGGAGGAUAGUGAGACCAAGACUGCGGCUUUGGAAAAGGUCAACGAUUUAGAAGACGAGUUGGCACAUGCGAACGAGCGCCUGGCGACGCUGGAGCGCGAGGCCAUCGCCAAGCAGGCGCGACUUGAGGCGGAACUGGCGCAGGCUCGGUGCGAGCGCGACCAGCUCGCGGAGGCGCGGCGGCAGGUCGUCGAGGAGGUGUCAACAUUACGGCGAGCUCAGCAAGACUCUCGCAACCGACAGUCCAUGUUGGAGUCCAAAGUGCAGGAGUUGGAAACUCUCACUAAAUCCUUGCCACGCGGUGCUUCUAUGGGUGCCAUAUCCGCACACACGCUGUGCAACGGCACAGUGAAUGGGCACAUCUCCCCGCCCCUCAUGAACGGGGACGCCCACACGCUGCCGGCGCCGCCCCCGCCGCCCGAGCUCACGCUGCCCCCGCCCGCCCCGCUGCCGCCCCCGCCGCCGCCCGCCCCGCUGCUGCCGCCGCCGCCGCCCGCCCCGCCGGCGCCGCCCGCCCCGCCGGCUCCGCCCGCCCCGCCCGCCCCCGGCCUCAUGGCGCCCCCGCACCACACGGACGCGAUGACGAUCAAGAGAAAAGUCGACACCAAGUACAAAUUGCCCACGCUUAAUUGGAUCGCGCUGAAACCGAAUCAGGUGCGAGGUACGAUAUUCAACGAGCUGGACGAGGAGCGUCCGCGGCGGCGCAUCAACUUCGCGGAGUUCGAGGAGAAGUUCCGCAUCGGCGGCGGCGGCGGCGCGGCGCGCGAGCCCGACGACGCGCUCGCCUCCUUCCCCAGCAAGCGCUUCCGCCGCCCCGACACCGUGUCGCUGCUGGAGCACGCGCGCCUGCGCAACAUUGCAAUAUCCCGAAGAAAACUCGACACGCCAGUAGAAAAAGUCAUAUCAGCGAUCCAAACUCUAGACCUGAAACAGCUACCGCUCGAGAGCGUCGAAAUCCUACAAAGAAUGGUACCAACAGAAGCAGAACAAAAAGCCUACAAAGAAUACGUUUCGGAAAAGAAAAAUAUAAACCAAUUGACCGAAGAGGAUAAAUUCCUAAUGCAACUAGCCAAAGUGGAAAGAAUCUCAGCUAAACUGUCUAUAAUGAGUUAUAUGGGCAACUUCUACGACAAUAUACAUUUGAUCACGCCCCAAGUACACGCUAUAAUAUCGGCAUCGUCAUCAGUCAAAUCUUCCCAGAAGUUAAGGAACGUUCUGGAAAUUAUUUUAGCUUUUGGGAAUUAUUUGAAUAGUAGCAAACGUGGUCCGGCGUACGGUUUUAAGUUGCAGUCGUUAGAUACUCUGAUGGAUACGAAGUCGACGGACAAGCGAGUCUCGCUCCUGCACUACAUAGUGGCUACCAUCAGGCAAAACUUCCCCGAGCUGAUGAAUUUCGAUACAGAACUCAUGUACAUUGAUAAGGCUGCACAAGUGUCGCUGGAGAACCUGACGGCGGACGCGUGCGAGCUGGAGCGCGGCAUGGAGGCGGCGCGGCGCGAGGCGGAGGCGCGCGGCGGCGCGGCGCACGUGCUGCGCGACUUCGUGGCCAACGCCGCCGACAAGCUGCGCCGGCUGCGCGCCGAGGCCAAGCUGGCGCAGGACUCUUUUGCGGCGUGCGUGGAAUACUUCGGCGAGGCCCCGCGCAGUUGCGACGCCAACGCCUUCUUCUCACUGCUCGUACGGUUUACGAGGGCUUUUAAGCAAGCGGACAUGGAAAACGAACAACGUCGGAGGCUUGAGCAAGCGGCACAUGCAGACAAUCUCGACCCCAAUAAGGCUAAGCUCGUGCAGAAGAAACAACAGGAGGCUGUAAUCAACGAAUUAAAAACGAAAUCGCAGGCCGUAGAAAAGAAACUCCUUCACCAAGACGAAGUGUACAACGGUGCUCUAGAGGACAUACUGCAUGGACUCCGAAGCGAGCCCUACCGUCGUGCAGACGCCGUCCGACGAUCUCACAGACGCAGGAUUAACUCCCACAGACUGUCCAAAGGGCUGGAAGAGUUAGACGUA